AAAGUCAGCUCAGGCGAAGAACAGGUAUGAUUUGUUUGUAAUUAGAUCAGGGGUUUAGGUCUUUCCAUUACUUUUUAAUGUUUUUUCUGUUACUGUCUCCGCGAUCUGAUUUUACGACAAUAGAGUUUCGGGUUUUGUCCCAUUCCAGUUUGAAAAUAAAGGUCCGUCUUUUAAGUUUGCUGGAUCGAUAAACCUGUGAAGAUUGAGUCUAGUCGAUUUAUUGGAUGAUCCAUUCUUCAUCGUUUUUUUCUUGCUUCGAAGUUCUGUAUAACCAGAUUUGUCUGUGUGCGAUUGUCAUUACCUAGCCGUGUAUCGAGAACUAGGGUUUUCGAGUCAAUUUUGCCCCUUUUGGUUAUAUCUGGUUCGAUAACGAUUCAUCUGGAUUAGGGUUUUAAGUGGUGACAUGGCUCGUACCAAGCAAACCGCUCGUAAGUCCACCGGAGGUAAAGCUCCAAGGAAGCAACUUGCUACUAAGGCUGCUCGUAAAUCUGCACCAACUACUGGUGGAGUCAAGAAACCACAUCGUUACCGUCCUGGAACUGUUGCUCUCCGUGAAAUCCGUAAGUACCAGAAGAGUACUGAGUUGCUUAUCAGGAAACUGCCAUUUCAGAGGCUAGUCCGUGAGAUUGCUCAAGAUUUCAAGACUGAUUUGCGUUUCCAGAGCCAUGCUGUCUUAGCUCUCCAGGAAGCUGCAGAAGCAUAUCUUGUUGGUCUCUUUGAAGACACUAACCUUUGUGCCAUUCAUGCCAAGCGUGUGACCAUAAUGCCCAAAGACAUUCAGCUCGCUCGUCGUAUCAGAGGUGAACGCGCUUAAGCCAACCAAGAAUCCGAGAUUUGGUUCAAGUAGUUUUUGUUUUUUAUGAAAGCAAGAUCUUAAUUGCUGUGUUUUUUAAAUCUCUGGGUAUGUAGUAGUAAGAGUAGUAAGAAGUCUGCAAUCUAAGAAUGUUGUGUUCUUUAAGCUUAUUAUUAUGUGUGUUGCGAACUCUUUUUAACUCUUUUGUUAAAUUCUUAUGUUUUCUUAACUCGUUUGUUCGUC